UCUCUCCUUCACUUUCUUAUUUCUUCUGUACCGUACUUGCAACGUUUGAUAUGUCAGAACUUAGAGAUACCCCGGUCAAAUUGUUUGGUUGGACAAUUACAUCUUCUUUGUCGUCCCUGAUGAGCAACCAAUCUGCUACUGACGACAUCGAACAAGACAGCACAAGUCUUCAGAGAUCAUCUGAUCUCACCGAGGAGUCAAAAGAAACAUCUGAGAACAGCGAGAUCACAACAACAACAACUACAUCGGAAGAGAAAACAACUGAUGACUUGAAGAAACCAGACAAGAUUCUUCCAUGUCCAAGAUGCAACAGCUCGGACACCAAGUUCUGUUACUACAACAACUACAACGUUAGCCAGCCACGUCACUUCUGUAGAAGCUGCCAGAGGUAUUGGACUUCCGGUGGAUCCAUGAGGACCGUCCCAGUUGGUUCAGGCCGCCGUAAGAACAAGGGAUGGGUUUCUUCAGACAAUUACAUGCACAUCAAGUCCGAGGAUACUAACAGUUACAAUAGCUCACCGGCGAAAAUUCUUAGCUUCGACUCUUCGGGCGAAGAGUCUUUGGUUACUGAGAAUGAUAAGAAUCAAUCAAGCGACUCUGUUUCAAAAAAAUUCAACAAAUUCCAAAGAUUUCUUCCUCCGCAAGUAACAUCCUCUGUUUCCCCUCCUUGGCCUUACCAGUACCCUCCUAACCCUGCUUUCUACCAAAUCCCUGUCUACUGGGGCUGCACGGUACCUUUUUGGUCUACUCUACAGACUUCUACGUGUCUAGGGAAAAGGACAAGAGACGAAGCUUCACAUGUAAGUGUUGGAGAGAACGAAGACACUUCUGUAAGAGCAAGACUGGUUUCACAAUCUCGAAGUAAUACUGAUGAAGCAAACGUCGCUACGAAGAAUCGUGUGUUUUAUCCACUGCCGAUGGAACGUGAGAAGACACAUCAGUUCAGCUUAUUCGUAAAUGGGUCUGAAACAAAGAGCGGCAACAAUAGGUUCGUUCCUGAAACGUAUCUAAACCUGCAAGCAAACCCUGCAGCCAUGUCAAGAUCUAUGAACUUCAGGGAGAGCAUGUAACAUUAAAGAGAUUAGAGUAUAGAACAAUCGUUCGUGUGUUUAUUCAUGAAGUGAGAUUUAGUACUGUAUUGAUUGCUACCUUGUAGAGAAAGGAAAAAAAAACUUAAGGUAUUUUUGUUUUGUGCUUAUGGAGCUGCAUAUAACUUUUGAUAUAUACUCCCUCCGUUUCGGUUUAAAUGUCGUUCUAGAGGAAAAUUUUGGUUUCAAAAUAAGUGUCA